AUGUCGGACUUGCCACCACCCUCUACACCGGCGAGCCUUUCGCCGGUGAUUUCGACGCCUUGCCCCACGCCACUUUUUCCCUCUGCGUUCUCGCGACUGUCUCAACCAAGGACCGUGGCUAAGCAGCUCGAGGAGGCUUCGGUCGGGGAGCUGCCCCCUAACCCGACUAUUGAGGAUCUACCGAAGGUCGUCUGGGAGAACCGCCGCUUCGUUCAAGAAGCUUCGCUAGCUCGGAAAGGUGCAAAAGGCAGAAAAAGUUGGAUCAGAUCGCACGGCAUGUUCUUCAUUGAAUUGAAUCACCAGGAUCAGCCCAUCGGUCAUGUGUGGUGCUGCAGCCGAUGCGAUACGAAGGGUCGGCCAGAAUUCUUCUCAGUACAAGCGACAUCUUCUGCAGCAGAUCAUCUUCGCAAAGCCCAUCGGAUCACCCCAGCGAGUCAAUUAAGCCCUAGCGACGAUAGCGCGAUCGAUCUCCAGUCCCAUGCAACCCCCAAACGACCACGGCUUGACCAGAGCAUGAUACCAAAGGCAAAGGUCAAAGCUGUACAAGAACUUAGUGUUGGGUUCGUUAUUGACAGUGAUGUGCCCUUCACAAUAUUCGAGCACAAGUUUCUGAAGGAGCUCUUCUAUCAGUUCGACCAUGAAUUAGCACUCCAAAUUCCUUGGAGUAGCAGUUCUAUCACCAGAGAGCUUCAGAAGAUCUUCGAGUCUAAGGCGGAUAUCAUCAAAGCGGAGCUGGGCAGCGCCCUAACGAAAAUACACAUUAGCUUUGAUCUCUGGAUAUCACCGAACCGUCUUGCGAUAAUAGCAGUUUUUGCACACUUCAUCGACAAAUUCGGGGACCAACAAUCCAGGCUGCUCGCUCUACGCCGUCAGCUAGGUAUUCACAGUGGUGAGAAUCUUGCCGAGACACUGUUCGAAAUCGUUCAACUGUGGGAUAUCAGAGGACAGGUUGGCACUGUCAUCUCUGACAACGUGACCGCGAACGAUACCUAUCUCUCUUACUUCUACCGGCAGAUCGACCCUUCGAUUCGGCCUACUGAUAUCAAGGCCCGUCGCAUGCGUUGCUACGGCCACGUUCUUAACCUUGUUGCCCGCGCGUUUCUUUUCGGUAAAGACGCCGAAUCUUUCGAGCUAGAGUCAGAUAUCAACGGCAUGAGAGGUCUUCAGGAGCAGGAUCUUCGCCAUUGGCGUUCGAAGGGCCCAAUUGGGAAGCUGCACAAUAUCAUCAAGUUCAUCAGAUCCUCACCUCAGCGCAGCGAAUAUUUCAAGCGCAUCGCUCACGAGCAGGAGGACGAAGGGUACCAUCUUUGCGAGGAAUCAACCGCCGAGCUUAAGGUCAUCUUGAACAAUGAGACGCGGUGGAAUUCUACUUAUAUGAUGAUAGAGAGGGCUUUGCGGAAGCAGACUGACAUCAGGGCCUAUAUCUUUGCACUCGAAGGCGAGAAAGACGAAGAAAAACGUAUCCCUGCUGAUGACAUCUUAUCCAACGAGGACUGGCGCGUGCUUGGUGAGGUCAACGAGAUACUUACGCCUCUAUAUCAUCAGACGAUGCGAACCCAAGGCUGGGGUAAAGGCGACAGCCAUGGGCGCCUGUGGGAAGUUCUGGUAGGAAUGGAAUACCUGCUCGAGCAUUUUGAAGACUGGAAAGGCUUCUACAAUGAGUUCACGACCGAAACAAUAAGGGCGAUGAAUCUAAAUGAUCCCGAACUAAUUGGAAGAGCGUCUGCGCCUCUGAGGGGGACUAACAUCCGGUCGGCCCGUUCCCGCCGUCGCCCUGCUCGCUUCGAUGGGGAAGAGGUCUAUGUAUCCCAACAGCGAAGUCAAGCGCCAACUUUCACGGUAGCUGCCUUGCCGGAGCAUUCUCAGGCUGAGUAUGCGGCGUUUGACAAGCCACCGGCGUCUAAGAUUUCCCAGAAGAGCUCAUUACCAGCAGACCACCGAGCAUAUAUUCGGGCAUCGAUCAACAACGGCUGGAAGAAGCUGGAUGAGUACUAUAGCAAGCUCGGAGAAUCUCCCUUGUUUGCGGCAGUAGUCAUCCUUCGUCCGAGAUUCGGCAUCAGCUGGUUGGAGGCUACUUGGGCCACUGAGGAGCAAUUGGCCUGGGUUCGCGAUGCGAAGGCGGGCAUAAAGGACUACUUCGCGCGGUGGUAUCAAUCGAACCAGCGGACGGACGACUUACAGUCGAAGUCUGCUUCAUCAUUAACGAACAGGGGUAAAGAGGAUGAUCACUACACGCAAUGGAUCAACAGCAGAACGAAAAAGGCAUUUGCAACGAGCAGCAGUGUUAGCGAGAUGGACAAAUACCUCCGUCUUGAGCCACAAGAUACGCAAGAGCCAAUCCAAUGGUGGAGGGACCACAAGCCUUCAUUCCCGGUGCUAAGCAGCUUUGCCUUGGAUGUCUUUGCCAUUCCGGCCAUGGCAACCGACUGCGAGAGGCAGUUCAGCCUAGCCAAGCUGACACUAACAUCGCAAAGGCUCGCAAUGGGCGCAGACACGCUGGAGCGAGUUCAUUGUCUGAGGAACUGGCUUCCUAAGGGAUAUGUGGAACUUGGUUUCCUGAAGCCAGGGGAAACGUCGACUAUGGUUGCGGAACUCGAUAAGGCCCUCUACGGUCUUCGCGAGGCUCUACUCCUUUGGUAUAACGAGAUUUCUGAGACACUCAAGCAAGCAGGGAUCGAUCGCACGGAUGAAGAACCUUGCGUUUUUACCAACGGCAAGAUCCUAGUUCUCAUCUAUGUUGACGAUAUCCUGAUCCUCAGCCCCCGGCAAGAAAAGGAGGUAGUUGGCGACCUCGUUCAACAUCUCCAAUCCAAAUACAACCUGCGCGAAGAAGAGUUCAAAUGGUAUCUUGGCAUCCGAGUUAUUAGAGAUCGGCCAAAUCGGAAGAUCUAUCUCUGCUAA